GUAAAUUCCUUUUUCUUUCUAUCUUUCUAUCUUUCUAUCUUUCUAUCUUUCUAUCUCAUUUCUUCCCCAAACCCAUCUCUUAGAACCCUAGCCCCAAAUUCACGGCAACAAGAACGGCGACGAGUACUGCUUCCAGUGAAAACAGGAUGGAUAGACUUGGAUCAAAGAACAUGGCUAUUGCUUCCAAUACUGGGAUAUGGCAACCAAUUUCAACAGUGGGACCUACCAAGAUCGAUGUUAUUAUGAAUCAAGACUUGGAAAAGUUUCUUGGAAAUGCGGCAUUGUGUGAAUGUCGCGAAGAAGCCAUACGACGGGAGGAAGUCCUUGGUAGCUUGAAUAAGAUCGUCAAGACAUGGAUCAAAAAUGUCAGCCGCGCCAAAGGUCACAGUGAUUCUACAGUGCGCCACGCAAAUGCAAAGAUAUUCACCUUUGGCUCUUAUCGCCUUGGUGUACACGGACCCGGUGCUGAUAUUGACACAUUAUGUGUUGGACCAAAGUAUGCCGACCGAAAUGAAGACUUUUUUGGUGGGCUUCAGAAGAUGCUGUCUGAGAUUCCUGAAGUACAAGAGUUGCAUGCUGUACCCGACGCUUAUGUUCCAGUGAUGAAAUUCAAGUUCGAUGGUGUUUCCAUUGAUCUCCUCUAUGCAAAUGUGUCCCUCUGGGUUAUUCCUGAAGACUUGGACAUAUCUCAAGAAUCUAUACUGCGAUAUGUGGAUGAACAGACUGUUCGCAGUCUCAAUGGUUGUAGGGUGACUGAUCAAAUACUGCAGCUCGUCCCGAAUAUUAAGACGUUUCGGACUACUCUGCAAUGUAUGAGGCUAUGGGCGAAAAGGCGUGGAUUAUACUCAAAUGUUACUGGUUUCCUAGGCGGUAUAAAUUGGGCAUUGCUCGUUGCUCGCGUUUGCCAGCUAUACCCAAAUGCUCUACCAAGCACAUUGGUGUCGAAGUUCUUUUGGAUCUACAACAUGUGGCGGUGGCCAAUUCCUGUGAUGCUGUGCCCAAUUCAAGAAGGAUCUUUAAGACUUCCUUUCUGGGAUCCUAGAAGAAAUUACAAGGAUAGAUCACAUGCCGAUACGAUAAUAACUCCUGCAUAUCCCUGCAUGAACUCAAGCUACAAUGUGUCAACAAGCACACUACGGGUCAUGAUGGAAGAAUUUCAGCGUGGAAAUGAAAUUUGUCAGGCAGUGGAAGCAAAGACGGCCAGCUGGGAUACUCUGUUUCAGCCUUUCACUUACUUCCAAGCGUACAGAAAUUAUCUGCAGAUAGACAUUGCAGCAAAGAAUGAAGGUGACUUGUUGAAUUGGAAAGGUUGGAUCGAGUCAAGAAUACGCUUGCUUACGCUGAAGAUAGAAAGGGACACGAGUGGUUUAGUUCAGUGCCAUCCUCACCCAGGCGGUUUUUCGGACAAAUCAAAGCCGUUUCGCCACAGUUAUUUUAUGGGUUUGCGAAGGAAACAAGGCACCGGUCCUCAACAAGGCAAACAAUUUGAUGUAACGAGGACGGUGGAGGAAUUUAUGUACGACGUAUAUGCAUACUCAUCCUGGAAGCCAUCAAUGUGGAUUGAUGUAUGCCAUGUGAAACGGAACGACAUACCUAACUUUGUCUUCCCUGGUGGAGUACGCCCCCCUAAUCCAGCAAAGAAGCGUUUCGCCAAAAGGUCACUUGCAUCUGCCUUCCCAGAAACAGAGACUGUUACGAGCAUGAAGAAGAUGAAACAAGACGAAUCCAAUAGUCCAGUUGGCUCCACAGAAUCUUCCAGCACACCAAGCAAUGUACCUUCGCCUGAUAGCACAGUGGCUAGCCAACAAUUGGAGCAGGAUGUUUGCGAAAUGGAAAUUUCAGAGAGCAGAUGUAAUGACACUGAAAUUGCUGGAUUUGAUGAAAGUGGAUCCCGUUCUCUGCCUGCAUCUUCUUCUGGUGAGUCUUCUCCACCUGGUAACAGUAGCCAAGGUUCUUCAGACGACCAUGAUGGGCUUGUAGAAAGCGUACAACCGAACAGUGAAAUUCAACUCCACCAUCAUGCAAAUGAAACUCAACCAUUAGUGUUCAUCACUGCAGAGCGAGCCGUAGCAUGGAGUGGAACCAAUUCUAGUUCCAGCAUUCAAAUAAAUGGGAUCCUGGAGGAGCUUGAGGUCUUGUCAGCUUACCUUUUUCGCUGCUGUCUCUUUGCAAUGACAAUUGUUUCUUGUUGCCAUAGUAAAAUGCCAAGCUCUGAUGCUCUACUCCAAUCCUACAUUUACUGGGAAUCAUAAACUUGAAUUCAAAUUUGGCAAGAAGACCUGGAGUUUCUUGCAAUUGAACAAGAAGCCUGAAGCGGCAAACCGAGCAGUCCUCUGAAUGCGAUUGCCUGCUAUGUCUACAAUUUGAUUCAUCAACUAGAUAUGCACAAGGGAACUGAGAUGGACUUCUGACAUUUUCAACUCUUGGAUGUAGUUUUCUGAACACUCUAGGGCGUCCGCUUGAGCAAAUGUGGCAGCCCAGUAGCCUCUUAUCAAGAUUCAACUUUACCUCUUUACCAAGGGCAACCAGCAACACUGCAUGAAGAGAUUUGUUGAGAGAAUGUCUCCAGAAUCAUAGUUAGGAUUUCUCUUUAGACUCUUGGUCUAAGAAAUGUAAUAGUUGCUUAAACUUUGUUGUUGUAGAUGAGCCAAGGUAGCUGGUUAACAAAAGCACCUUGCACCUACGACUUUGGUCAUGGGUUUGAGUCACUCUGGAGGGUAAUUAGGGAAACAACAUUCUUCCUCUUAAAAAUAUAUUUGUCGAUCA